AUGACCCAGGUAUUCACGGGACACGGAUGUUUCGGGGAAUACCUGUGGCGUAUUGGGAAAGAGGCAACUACAAGGUGCCAUCAUUGCGAGGUCCUACAGGACUCGGCGCAACAUACACUAGUAGCCUGUCCGGCGUGGGCUGGAGAGCGUCGAGUCCUGACUAGGGUGGUUGGUGACAACCUGACGUUAGAGGUGCUGAUUGGCCGCAUGUUGGAUAGCCAAGACGCGUGGGAGGCGGUGUCUGUCUUCUGUGAAGCAGCGAUGCAACAGAAGGAGGCCGCGGAAAGAGAAAGAGAGAGUAGAGGAGAUCCUCAUCGCAGAGGAAGAGUUGGAAGGGGCAGAUGGAGAGGGAGGAACAGGCCGGUGGCGCCUCCCGACCCCUGA